GAAGACUUUCUGGAGGCGUUAGCAAAGUUAGCUGUGUUGUGUUUUGUUGUAUGAGUUGAAUAUUUGUGCAGUAAUAUGCGUCCUGAGUGAUGCCAUCGUGUCUGGAGUCUAAAUGCUGGAGUGAACGCACUCAAGACGCAUUGUGGACGGCUUUGUUCAGACCACCGUCAUAGUUGGCCUGGGACACUUGUUGACGAACGCAGUCAGUCCUGGGACAGACUGAAGGACCACCCGUUGACCCAACGUGACUUCACUCAAAAGGCAGAGUUAUUGGACGGAUCCCGGAAGGAACCGCUCUUAGUAAAGUUCUGUCUGAUCAGUGGACACCAGAAGUUUGGAUGGAUCUCCCACAGCAUUGUCCUUGGAAAGACGAGGAGGUGUUCACUGAUCAACAGUUCUGCAACAGAGGAAGGAGCUCUGGUUUGGACCAAAAGGAAGCAGAACCUCAGCAGUUGGAGGACUGCCAAGAAGAACAUUAUCCUCUGCAAAUGAAAAAGAUCCAUGGUGAAUCUGAACCUUUCAAGAUUAAAGAUGAGAAGGAGGAGCCUGAACCUCAACAAAUAAAGGAGGAACUAGAAUCUCUACAGAUAAAAGAGGAACCGAAAGUACCAGAACCUCCGCAGAAAAAGGAGGAGGAGGUUUUCAUAGACCAGCAGUUGUGCAACCAGGAGAGGAGCUCCAGUUUGGACCAAGAGGAAGCAAAAACGCAGCUGUUGGAGGAGAGCCAGAAAGAAAAACAUCCUCUGCAAAAGGAAAGGAUCAAAGGUGAAUCUGAACCUUCCAAGAUAAAAGAUGAACAGGAGGAACCAGAAGCUCCACAGAUAAAGGAGGAGCAGGAGGAACUUUCUAUUAGUGUGGAAAAAGAGCUGCUUGAAAUGAAGUCAGAAGCUGAUAGCUUUACGAUAGGUCUUAAUAGUGAGGAAACAGAUGGCAUGGAACCAGAACCAAACAAGGACCAACUUAUCAUCCAGAUGUCUUUUGAAACUGAUAACCAAAAUCAGGAAAGUAGCUAUCAUGAAGAAUUAGGAUCAGAUAGAGAAGUAAAACUGAAACAAAACAAGAAGUGUCAGAAAAUCAGAGGUCACAGUGACAAUGUAGACGUUUCAAAAGGGAAAAGGCAGAAAAAAACUCACAUGGAAAAGAAUUUGUCUUCAUGUAAAAUCUGUGGUAAAGUUUUAGCCCAGAAAUAUUUGAGUGAGCACAGGAGAAUUCACACAGAUGAGAAGCCUUUUUCCUGUAUGACCUGUAAAAGAAGUUUCCGUCAAAGAAGUAAUUUGACUGUUCAUAUGAGAACUCACACGGGUGAGAAGCCUUUCUUGUGUAAAACUUGUGGAAAAAGGUUUACGCGGCAAAUGUUGCUGAAUAAACACAUUAGAACUCACACAGGUGAAAAGCCUUUCACAUGUUCGACCUGUGGAAAAAGUUUUACCCAGGAAAGUAAUUUGACUUGUCACAUUAGGACCCACACAGGUGAGAAGCCUUUCUUGUGUUUGACUUGUGGAAAAAGCUUCACCGAGGGAGGCACUUUAACUCAGCACAUCAAAACCCACACAGGUGAGAAGCCUUUCUCCUGUUUGACUUGUGGAAAAAGUUUUAGUGUUAGAAAAGAUUUAUCUCGACAUGAAAAAAUUCAUACAGGUGAGAAGCCUUUCACAUGUGUGACUUGUGGGAAACGUUUCAGUGAAAAGGGAAAUUUAUCUCAGCACAUAAAAAUUCAUCCAGGGGAGAAGCCUUUCUUAUGUUUGAACUGUGGAAAAAGUUUUGUUGAGAGAAGAAAUUUUUCUCGUCAUAUCAAAACUCAUACAGGUGAGAAGCCUUUCUCAUGUUCGACCUGUGGAAAAAGUUUCAGUGAUACAAGAAAUCUGUCUCGGCACUCAAAAACUCAUACAGGUGAGAAGCCUCUGUCAUGUUCGUCCUCCGUGAAGGAAGUCAUCUGAUUGUUCAUAUGAGAACCCACAGAGGUGAGAAAUUUUAUUCACAUUUGUGGUCGGGUUUUUCUCUGUGGUGACUAGUAUGAUCACAGGGAAACUCAGACGUACAGAUGUGAUUUUGUGAAUCUUGUUGAAUGUUUAAAACAUUUGAACUCGCAGGUGACAGUGAACUGUCUUCUGGAUUGCAAAUUUCUGGUAUAACAUCACAAAGAUCACUAUAGUGUUAAAUUUAACAGGACAUUUUAAUUUAGUUUUAUUCAGCCUUUAGACCACAGUUUAACUAAGUUCAACCGUGGUUUAGAUGUUUAGUCAUCUAAAGUCGCCUUUUGGUUGUAGUAUAUUAAAUCUUAAUACAUUUUUAGUCGAUCAAAUGUACUGUCAAUUUAGUCAUCUAAAAUAUAGGUUGUGGGAAAAUGUAUUUUUUUCUUCCGCGCCUCUUUAAGGUAAAUCAUUGCUUUAUACUUAUGCGAAAUAUUUAUCUUGGAAUAGACCAGAGUUGUACUUUGCGGUACACGGGCUUAAAUUUAUUGGCCUUUGCUUAUUCGAUUAAGUGAAAAAACUAAAUUUUAAAAGGGAUAUGACAUGAUAUACAAAACCUGCAUUAAAUUAAUGAUUUGUGAAAGCAGUGCAACAGUCUGAAACUUCAAGUUAACUUUUAUGAUUAUUUAAUAAGCAAUUUAUGUUAAGCAAACAAAUGCUAAACUCUCUUAAUAACAUUUGUCAAAACAUGUCAGAAACAGGCGAGGAGACAUUCUAGUGCAAAUAAGUACUACUCCUCAUUCAGCUCAGACCUGGAUCCUACCUCCUUCUCUCUCCAGCUCCUUAUUAGUCAAGGUUGUCGCCCUAAUAAGAACUGCAGCAUCAGGGAUUGGUUUCCUCACAAAGGUAUAGCUACGCAGACUUGCCAAUAUCCUGAGUGGUGAGCUAUGGUUGUUUCAGAGUUUGCUCCAGCAGGGGUAAUUGUAAAUGUUCGUUGAAGAUUCCUGCUGAUUUCUGUGCAAUGUUUGGCACAGAUGGGGUCCAGCUGGUGCAGUAGGCAUCUGCAAAUAACUACUGUGCACAGAAGGUGUCAGGUAGUGUGUCAAGACCUGCCAGUAGCUUAAAGAUCACCAUGUUAUCUCAGGUGCUCCAACAUGUGGAUUAGGGGAUGUGAGGCCCCAGCUUGAGGCUAUUCGUAGGCACAAAGGGUAUCAGCAGGAAAGAUGAGGAAGACGAGCUCCUUCAGCUAAGAGGUCCUCAAAGAAUACUCCUCCCUUCUUUACAAUUUACAUGUUCUCUCAGGGCAGUCUAGUUGGCAUUAAAAGGUGGACCUCUGGGUUACUUUUACCAUGAAUAGUGGGUACUUUGCCUGAAGAAAUCAGGUCUGCCACCUCCACCACUGUCCAAGACCUGACAGAUGUGUAGGUUCUGCAUCAUAAACUAUGUACCCUCUUAAAAAAAAAACUUGUUGCAAAGAUGGGUAGUGCCUGGGUUUUACACAGUAAGGUUUGGUUUCCAAGACUGAUGAGGUUCUAUACCCUCAACACAAAUGUCUGUGUUCCAAGGCGGCAGAUGUUGACAGACCAUUGUAGCCAGAGACUGGUUUGCCACAAUCACCCGCAUCAUCUGCAGGGCUCCCACAAGAUUCUGGUUCUCUAUGGACUUUACAGAAUUCUACUCUGGAAGAACGCGGCCAACCCAAGGCAGGAUGAUUGCUGUGGGCUUUCGCCUUGUCUUUACAGAUAAAUCCCUGGCAUCAUCGUACUUAAAGGUCAUAGCAUCAGUGGACAAUAGACUGAUCACUGGGCGACCAAGCACAUAAAUGUGCCGGAGUUGAAAGCUUUACUGGUAGAAAUUCCUCACCUCUCACAAAGAAUAUCUUCUGUUUUGUGAAGCUAUUUCAUUACAUGAAAAACUGCAUGAAAUCACCAAAAACAGUCUCAAGAUCCACAUGAUCAAUCAUUUACUGAUUGAGCAAUAACUAAGUAGCCACCAACAGGAGAUACUGCAUAAUGAAGCACGUUGAUCUAGGUUUCAUUUAAAAAAUUUUAGUCUUCAGGACUAAGAUGUUUCAACCUGUUGCACCAAGGCUGUGGAAUGCAUUGUUUCUUUUUGUACUGGGUUUGGACUCUGUGGAUACUUUGAAAAGCAGCUUAAAACAGUUUCUUUCAAUGUUUUAGUUCGACUUUUCUGGUAGUCGUUUAUGAUUGUGUUUUGUUUUCUGUGUUGUACACUGCUGUGUAUUUUGUAGAUCACCCCUUCUGGUGAAACACUGUGACAUUUGUCUGAAAACAUGUGAUAGAAAUAAACUUGUUGAGGAAAAUAAA